AUGGACUCGAAUACAGCGCGCGACGGCGGGGUAUCAACCCUCCCCGUCAGAUCACCCUCCGCGGCAUCAUCCACACACUCGCGCCCUUUCAUAACCCCACCACAGACUCCAUUGGGCCCCUCAUCGACCGACAGCCCCACACCACUCGAGGAACCGGGCGACACUGAACCUGACCUCUACGCCCACCACCACUAUGUCUUGAAACGGUUGCGGCGCGCCUGUCCCGCACCAAGUCCCCGUCGGCUGCGGAUCAUCACCGGCGCAUUAUGCGCGUCCAUGAUCUUGUGUGGAUGGAACGACGGCAGUGUCGGCCCGCUCAUCCCGAGUUUACAGCGCUACUACGACAUCAACUACCUCAAAAUGUCCAUCCUCUUCAUCAUGGUGUUUGUCGGCUCGCUCAUUGCGGGACUGACAAACGUAUGGAUCACCGACCGCAUCGGCUUCGGACUCGUAACGCCCCUCGCAGCAGUCUCGACAGGUGUUGCCUACCUCAUCGCCGGCACCGGGGCGCCCUACCCCGUCUUCCUCAUCGGGUAUAUCUUCAAUGGAUUCGGGAUGGGUAUCCAAGACGCACAGGUCAAUAACCUCGUCACGCGCCUUCCGAAUGCCGACACCAAAAUGUCCAUUGUGCAGGCAUGUUUUAGCCUCGGCGGCACAGUCUCGCCCUUCAUCUCGACCGCAUUCGCUCAACAUGUUGAAGCGGCGUACAGGUACUUUUUCGUUGCGAUGGGUGUCGCCAUCGUCGCGGCCGGCAUUAUGCUGUGGGCGUUCGAGGGCAAGACGGAGGAACAGUUGACUGCAUUGUUGCCCAAAGACGCCGACGUGCGGAGGGAGAAGAAGGAGCGCAAGGAGAGAGAGAAGGAGAACGGGGAAGCCAAGGGACACCAGGAGCGCGUACCCUCCAUCGUCCUUAACGAGGCUGCACCCCUGCCACCGGCCGAUGCGGAGAUUUUUUAUGUGCCCGACUCGAGCGGAACCAAGAUGUUGCGCAUCUUCUCCACGCCCAGCGUGUAUGCGCUCAUCAUCUGGGCGUUCCUCUACGUCGGCGUAGAGGUCAGUAUCUCGGGAUGGCUGACGUCGUUCCUCAUCAACGAGCGCGGCGCAUCCGCUGCUGCCGGAUAUGCCGUGACUGGCUUCUGGGGCGGCAUGUCAGUGGGCCGUAUUGUGCUCAUCCCUGUCACCAAGAAGAUCGGGUACCAGUUUUCAAUCUAUCUCUACGCCGCCAUCGCGCUUGCCCUCGAGCUCACGAUUUGGUUCACGCACAGCCUCAUUGGUAAUGGUGUGUGCUAUGCUUUCGUUGGUUUCUUCCUCGGCCCGAUCUAUCCCAACGCCCUCAUGGUCGUCAGCCAGGUCCUGGACGACGACCUCCGCGGCGGCGUCAUGGGCAUCAUGGGCAGCCUCGGUGGAGCAGGAGCGGCCGCCAUCCCGUUCAUGACAGGCGGUAUUGCGGACAAGCACGGGAUCUGGACAAUCCAGCCAAUCGCCGUGGCCAUGAUCGCGGCAUUCACCACCAUCUGGAUGUUUGUGCCCCGUAAGCGUAUCACUUCCCGGUACACGCCCAAGCGGCGAGUGAUAGAGAAGUAG